UACUUCCACUUCCGGGAGUUUGUUUUCAUCCAGGGAUACGAGGGAGUGUAGCACAUCAGGGACGUUCUUUCCCUGCUUCCUUCUAGAAUAUUUUUAUACUCAUUUGCAGACUCUCUGCCGUUACUGCGAGGGUAAUGCAGAACUUUAAACUCACUCGAGACAAAUUGUACAGCACCAGGUGCUGUGGAUGUUGCCAUGUCCGGACGGGGACCAUCAUCCUCGGAACAUGGUACAUGGUAAUCAACCUGUUGAUGGGAAUCCUGCUAACAGUUGCAGCAACCCAUCCGGAAAGCGUUCCUUCUGUCAACUUACAGUAUGCCGUUAUUGACCAUUACCUAACAUCAGACAGGAUGUCAGGUAAUGCCGGUGCCGGAUUGGCCAUUUCUCUGCUGAUGGUCACUAUCAGCGCUAUGAUGCUGUAUGGCGCCAUUACUCACCGCAGUAGGCUGCUCAUCCCGUUCUUCUGCUACCAGAUGUUCGACUUCGCUCUGAGCUGCCUGGUGGCCUGCAGCUCUCUCACCUACCUGCCCAGGAUACAGGAGUACCUGGACCAGCUGCCGGAUUUCCCAUACAAGGAUAACCUCCUGUCUCUGGACCCCCGGUUCCUGUUCUUCUUCGUGCUAGUCCUCUUCACCUUCCUCAUUGUCCUCAAGGCAUACUUGAUGAACUGUGUGUGGAACUGCUACAAGUACAUCAACAACAGGAACAAGCCGGAUGUCGCCGUCUUCCUCUCCUUUGAGAAUCAGCCCCAGUCAGCCCUGCCCACCUACGAGAUGGCAGUAAACAUGCCCGACAAGGACCCUCCCCCGCCUUACAUGCCAUCUUAAGGACCAGCCCCACUGUGGACAACACGUGCCGCCAAAUGCAUAUUUCUACAUUCCCUCACUAACCCUUUGCGAGCGCCUCUUAUCUACUGAAUAUAUUUUGUGCAAAGAUGACGGAAGAAAUGCGACUAGACAACGCCAGCCUUUUUUUUUUUUCUCCAUUUAAUGUUUUCAUCAAAUGCAGACAGUCAACAAUCCAGCAUUAUCCUCGUGUAGACUGACAAUCCACUUAAGAUAGCUCCCUAAUUUUUCCUCUUAAGACUUACACAGUUGCAUCUCAGUUUUGGGAAGCACGCUGCAGCAAUAUUUUUGGGGAGUUAUUUAUUUAGCUUUGCUGUGGUUCACUACCACCACCACCAGCUCAGAUGUUUACAUCACACUUUGCUACCAGCUAGUUUUCCAGCUGUGUACGAGGAGGAAGGGAGAAAAAAAAAACUGCUUUUCACCAGCCUGACAUCAACUUGUCUGUCGUGAAAGAUUUGUUUUUGCAUGCCCUCCAAUUACUUAACCAUGCUUCUUUGGUUCCAUUUCAUUAUAAUCACUUUAAUAUAUUUGACUUGAAUAAAGAGUUGAAACCAUC